AUGCCAAACGCAUCACCAAAAGAAGACACAUGGGCUUUCCAGAAGAUUGGAACAGCUUUCCCGCCAAAUCCAGUCAAGGUCCUUUUACUAAAUGUGAACGAAAUACUAUCGAACACCCAGCAAGCCUUAUGGUACAAGCAUGGAAAGCCGAUUCAUGGAAGGUCAUGGAACAAUGGAGGAGUAGUCGAGUGUUCAUUUCCUUACAAAAAUGCUGAACUGAGAACAGCACAACAACUCGAAGGAAAUAUUCAGGUGCUCCAAUAUUCAGGAGACCACAACACACAAGGAUUUUGGUACGAAUGGAUACUGUAUAAAGAUCGUUUCGAAAAAACUGAAGCUCGGCAACUUCUCAAGUGUGGGGACUCAUUCCCAAUUUUGUGGAAAGACCGCAAAGAGGGCACGUUACUUGGUUAUGUAGAUAACAAGACUGAAAUUGCCUUGUUCUCAUGUGACGGCAAAGUGUAUGAAAGAAAAGGAGGUGAACUCAGCAACAUGUAUAUCAUUAUGAGAAACACUGUUGGAGGGCCUCCUCACUGUGAAUGUUCUACGUGCCGUGUAGCUCCUCCGCCACCUGGGCCACCACCACCAAGAGUGAUGAUUGACGAAUGGAUGGACAUUCGUGCAGGAGAUCCAUGGCCAACCCGAGCACUUGUCAAGGCUCUGGACAAGACCCUCGACAACACCAUUGCAGGAGAAAAUCCAGACCAAUACGUUGCCCUGUGGUACCAAGCGGGAGAACCUGUCAUGGGUCGAGUCUGGAACGAAGGUGGCAAGGUAGCGGCCAACUUUUGCUGGAAUAAGAAUGAAUACAAAGGAAAUGUUGGUUCGAUACAAGUCCUCGUACAGCUCUCUGACCAUGUUCGAGGCUUCGACUACAGUUGGAUUCCAUUCCCACAAGCAGCAUCUUUUGAUAAAGACAAGGAGUGGAUCCCGGUGCAUGUCAACAACACAAAAGGCGACAUAUCGUCUGGUGUCAUUACGUUCGACGGGAAGCAGAUAUUGGGGAAGGUCGAUGUGAGGAACGAGAAGUCCUCUGCUGGAUUCGAAGGCAAGGAGAACGUGCUCGUCGGACCGGCCUGUGCAAGCAAUACCAUGUGCCUGGGUCAACAAAAUAUGUAUGUCGCGCUGUGGUAUAAACAUGGAAAACCGAUCCAUGGUAGAUCGUGGAACAACGGAGGAGUUGUCGAGUGCUCAUUUCCUUACAAAAAUGCCGAACUUAGGACCGCCCAGCAAUUAGAGGGAAAUAUUCAGGUUCUCCAGUACACUGGUGAUCACAACACACAAGGCUUCUGGUACGAAUGGGUACUGUACAAAGAUCGUUUCGAAAAAAGUGAAGCUCGUCAACUUCUCAGGUGUGGAGACUCAUUCCCGAUUUUAUGGAAAGAUCGUCCAGAGGGUGCUCUACUCGGCUACGUCGAUAACAAAACUGAAAUCGCAUUGUUCUCAUGCGAUGGAAAGGUGUACGAGAAAAAAGGAGGAGAACUUUCUGACAUGUACAUCGUUAUGAGAAACACUGUCGGUGGCCCACCAUUCUGUGAAUGCAGCAAUUGCCCAAAGGCAGCACCACCACCGCCAGCUCCCGCACCAGGACCCCCUCCUCCAAGAGUGAUGAUCGACGAAUGGAUGGACAUUCGUGCAGGAGAUCCAUGGCCAACUCGAGCACUUGUCAAGGCUCUGGACAAGACCCUCGACAACACCAUUGCAGGAGAAAAUCCAGACCAAUACGUUGCCCUGUGGUACCAAGCGGGAGAACCUGUCAUGGGUCGAGUCUGGAACGAAGGUGGCAAGGUAGCGGCCAACUUUUGCUGGAAUAAGAAUGAGUACAAAGGAAAUGUUGGUUCGAUACAAGUUCUCGUACAGCUCUCUGACCAUGUUCGAGGCUUCGACUACAGUUGGAUUCCAUUCCCACAAGCAGCAUCGUUUGAUAAAGACAAGGAGUGGAUCCCGGUGCAUGUUAACAACACGAAGGGCGACAUAUCGUGUGGUGUCAUUACGUUCGAUGGGAAGCAGAUAUUGGGAAAGGUCGAUGUGAGAAACGAGAGGUCUUCUGCUGGAUUCGGAGGCAAGGAGAACGUGCUCGUCGGACCUGCUUGUGCAAGCAACACCGUGGUGCUAUGCCGUAAAGCAAGACCCGGAUACAAAUUUGACUAA